AUGAAGUACGUCUAUAUAUUGCUGUACGGUCUCUUUGCGCCACUUUCAUAUUCAAUAGAGAGCCAUAAAAACUGGAUUCAUAAUGACAUUCAGGAACAGCCACAAACAUCUGAUUAUAAAGUUAUUUCGGUUAAACAUUUAAUUAAAAAAAGAAGUAUUAAUGAAUUAUCAAUAAAAGUAAAACUUAAUGGCACAGACAAGGAAUUUGUUUUGCAAUGUGCAAGAGGCUAUUUUGCUGGUAAAGACACAAGAGUUUGGGAAGCUGAAAUAAUUGGAGAUAACUUUAAGUACACUCUGAAAGAAGGGAUUAUGGAAAAAGUAAAUAUAUCAUUCUAUCAGGACGAGAAAACAAAGUCUGUAGUAUCACAUACAGUGAAUAAAAGAGGAAUUUCUGAAUUUAAUGGUAUUAUUAAUUCUAACGUAAUAAUACAUCCAAUCAGUCAUCUAAAACGUGAACGUCGUGACGCUAAACCAUAUUCCGAGUAUGAGAAUAACAAUAUCAACAAUUAUCACAAACACCGGACAUAG